AAAACACCGCGUGGAACCUGACGAACUUUACUCUGCCAAACAUUUAUGAUGGCACCUUUGAAACUUCCCUCGAGAUAAUACUUGACAGCAAAGUCGGCGCGCCGCAUAACUUCGGAGCUUCUCCGCGCGCGCGUACGUCGCUCCAGCGGAUCCAUGGAGUCGUGAUUCGGACGGUUAUUGGUUAACCAGCGCGCAGGAGAAGGAGAAGAAGAAGACAAGAAAGAAACAUGGUCUCCAUCGCCAAGGUUCUCCUCGGGGUCUUCGGAGCCGCAGUCGUCGUCGUCUUGAUCGCGGUGCCCACGGUCAUGUUUCUGAAAGAGGAGCAGGGGGGGGACGGCAGCCAGAGGUCCUUCACCCUGGAGGACGUCUUCAACAGCUCUCUGAAACCAAAGAGCUACAGCCUGAGCUGGAUCUCAGAUCAUGAAUAUCUGCACAAGUCGCAGGGCUCCGUCCUCCUCCACGACGUGGUCAAAGAACAGAGCACAGAGUUCCUGAGCAGGGAAACGUUCAACGAAAAAGACGCCUACGACUACCAUCUGUCUGCCGACCGCAGAUACGUUGCCUUCGUGAGCAACCACUCCAAGAUCUGGAGACAUUCGUUCACAGCUUCAUAUUCACUGUUUGACCGGGAGUUAAACAAAUUUUUGACCCCCUCCGACAUCCCUGAUGAGGUCCAGUUCUUUGACUGGGCUCCGGAGGGGAACAAACUGGCCUUUGUUUGGAAGAACGAUGUGUACGUCAAGACCCGGCCCGGGUCGCCACCACAGCAGGUCACGUUCGACGGCGAGGAGAAUCAGAUCUUAAAUGGGAUCCCGGACUGGGUGUACGAGGAGGAGAUGUUCUCGUCCAACCAGGGCCUCUGGUGGUCACCAGGAGGGAAGUACGUGGCUUACGCACAGUUCAACGACACACAGGUCCACGCUAUCGAGUACCCCUGGUACGGCGAGAACCAGUACCCCAGCACCGUCUCCAUCCCGUAUCCUAAGCCUGGUACUCCCAACCCUGUGGUGAAGCUGUUUGUUGUGGACACCGACAACACCACCAAAAUUACUGAGGUGGUCGUUCCAGCCUCGUUCGGCUCGAGUGAGCACUACCUGGCCACUGUUACCUGGGUGACAGAUAAUCGCAUCGCCGUCCAGUGGCUGAAGAGAGUUCAGAACCACCUCAUCCUUCAGAUCUACAGCUUCACUGGAUCCAGUUGGGAUCCUGCCGAGCAUCGGGAGGUGAAGAGUUCCACCGGCUGGAUCGGACGGUUCUCUCCUAUAGAACCUGUUAUUGCUGCAGACAAGAACAGCUACUACCUGUUGAUGAGUGACGCCAGUGGUUACAAGCACAUCCAUCAUGUAGCCGGGGGAACAGCUACGCCGAUCACGUCUGGAGAGUGGGAAGUCAUCGACAUCCUGAAAGUCACCGCCGAUCGAGUAUAUUAUUCCAGUAACCAGGAGGGCGGCAGGCCGGGAGGAAGGAAUGUUUACGAGUGGACCAAAGACGGAACCAAGUGUCUGACUUGUUCCAUACACAAAGAGAAAUGUCAAUACAACUCAGCUUACUUCAGCCACAACGCCUCCUUCUACCGUAUGAGCUGCAGCGGUCCGGGCAUUCCUUACCAUGCGCUCAUGGAUAACAGGAAUAAUACAGAGCUCAAGGUUUUGGAGGACAACAUCGCAUUUGGCAACCUGAUAGCGGACGUCCGGAUGCCCACCAUGCGUCGUGACAGCCUCAACCUGGGCGGAUACAAACUCUGGUUCCAGAUGUUUUUGCCUCCAGGCUUUGAUGAAUCCAAGAAAUAUCCUUUACUCAUCGAUGUGUACGCCGGCCCCUGCAGUCAAAAAGCCGACUUCGUCUACAGGGUGAGCUGGUCCACGUACCUGGCCAGCACGGAGAACAUCAUCGUAGCCAGCUUUGACGGAAGAGGAAGCGGUUUCCAGGGCGACAAGUUAAUGCAUGAAAUCUACAAACGUCUGGGAACCUAUGAGGUGGAAGAUCAGAUAACAGCAGCCAAGGAAUUCAUCAAAUUUGGCUUUGUUGACAAAGACCGAGUUGCUAUUUGGGGCUGGUCUUACGGUGGAUACGUCACCUCGAUGGCGUUGGGAUCUGGAAGUGGAGUCUUCAAGUGCGGAAUGGCCGUGGCUCCUGUUUCCAAAUGGGAAUAUUACGAUUCCAUCUACACCGAGCGUUACAUGAUGGAACCUUCAGAGAACGCUGACGCCUACACUAAUUCAACAGUAACUGCCAGGGCCCAGAACUUCCACCCAGUGCAGUAUCUUCUGGUUCAUGGAACAGCUGAUGACAACGUUCAUUUCCAGCAGGGAGCUGAGAUCUCAGAAGCUCUGGUGGAGGAGCAGGUGGACUUUGAAGCAAUGUGGUACACUGACAAGGACCACGGACUCGGCGGCUCGGCCUAUCAACACGUCUACACCCACAUGAGUCACUUCCUGCAGAGAUGCUUCGCAUGAAAUCCACUGGUGGAACAACUUCUUUUUUUUUUUAAAUGUCUCAUGUGAAUCAAAAGGUUUUUGGGAUGAAUAUUUAAUUGUAAAUGCAGUCUUGAUUAUUAGUGUUCAAAAUGUCCAAAUGUACUUUUUUAAAAUUCGCACAGUAGACCAAGUCAUGAUGUGCAAAAAAAUAAAGAUGAUGUCUUAUACAACUCAACAAACAGAUUUAUGAGUUGUCUGUUUGAUGUAAUAAUUGUUUUCUAAAAUAAUAAAGAAUUAAACUAUCA